CCGAGGAGCAUUAGUGGUGGGUGCGAGAAGGCGCGUGCUGCAUUACCAACCAACUGUGUGUUCUGUUCCAUCCAUGUACAUCUACGUGUUUGCCUCCAGUUUCCGAGUUACGCACAUAUCGAAGAGAUGACUAACGACGUUAUGCGAGGCGGCUUGGUACAAUGGAAAACGGCCGAACCAUGCAACACGAUUUUGUUCCAAUGCUUAUUUCAGCACAAACAACACAUUGGAUAGCUACAACAACAACGUCUUUGCGGAUGCUACUGAAUAAACAAGCACACGAUUUUAUUGCGUUCAUACACAGACAGAGACGAUACGAAAAAAAGAAAAACAGUGGAUCAACUAAACUAUGUUACGAAAACUAUUGACCAAUGGGCAUAUCAGAUGCGCCAGGCGUUUCUCCUCGUCAAAAGCCAUACCGGAAUUAACAAAGGAUCGAUACAAUGUUAAGAGGGGUGAAUAUUCUUUAUUGACGGACGGUCAUAUGGCUUUCUUCAUGAAUCUUCUUGGACAGAACAGAGUUAUCAACGAUCCAUCGGAGUGCGAAUCUUAUAACAUUGAUUGGAUUAAAAAUGUCAGAGGUCAAAGCAGGUGCAUUCUGAAGCCGCGCACCACUGAAGAAGUGUCAAAGAUUCUCGAGUUCUGUAACGAGAAUAAAUUGGCGGUUUGUCCCCAGGGUGGUAAUACGGGAUUAGUAGGUGGUUCUGUACCAGUGUUCGAUGAGAUCGUCAUAUCUACGGCAUUGAUGAACCAAAUAGAGAGUAUAGAUGAAAUCUCAGGUGUUAUCGUUUGUCAGGCUGGUUGCAUCCUUGAGAAUAUUGAUCAACAAAUUGGAGAAAAGGGUCUCAUGGUUCCUUUGGAUUUAGGAGCGAAAGGUUCCUGUCACAUUGGCGGCAACGUUUCAACGAACGCAGGAGGUCUGAGGUUGUUGCGUUAUGGUAAUUUACAUGGAAGCGUCCUUGGAGUUGAAGCUGUGAAAGCAAAUGGCGAGAUUCUUGAUUGCUUGAGUACCCUGAAAAAGGAUAAUACCGGCUACCAUUUAAAGCACCUUUUUAUUGGCAGCGAAGGCUCUUUGGGGGUUGUCACAAAAGUGGCCAUCCAAUGUCCAACGAAGCCAAAAGCCAUAAACAUGGCAUUUCUAGGCGUCGAAUCAUUUGAUAGCGUGUUGACUACUUUCCGAAGAUGCAAGAAUGAAUUAGGAGAAAUUCUAUCAUCGUUCGAAUUGAUUGACGCUUUAUCAUUGGAUGUGGUCACCGGCCAUUAUAAAAUGCAAUCUCCAAUACCCCAAUUUCCUUUCUACAUCUUAAUUGAAACUCACGGCAGUUGCAACGAGCACGACGAAGAAAAAUUAAAUAGGUUUUUGGAGAGUGCAAUGGGAGAUGGCGUGGUGCUUGAUGGAACAGCAACCAAUCAACCCUCCAAAAUGAAGCAAUUAUGGGAGUUGAGAGAAAGCAUUACUCAAGGUUUACUCAUGGAUGGAUACGUAUUCAAGUAUGAUUUAUCCAUACCGAUUAAAGAAUUCUACGCGAUUGUCGAUGUUAUGAACGAGAAAAUCGGUAAAGAUGCCGUUAGGAUUUGCGGUUACGGACAUAUUGGUGAUUCCAAUAUCCAUUUGAAUUUAUCCUUCAAAGAGUAUAGCAAAGAGAUGCACAACAAAAUCGAGCCCUUUGUGUACGAAUACACGUCCAGUCUGAAAGGAAGUGUCAGCGCGGAGCAUGGUAUUGGAUUCAGGAAAUCGAAGUACGUGCAUUAUUCAAAGUCUCCGGCCGCUAUUAACUUGAUGCAGGACAUUAAGCGCAUGAUGGAUCCAAACAAAAUUUUAAACCCCUAUAAAGUUCUACCGGAAAGUUCUUAAUUAUUUUCUUAUGCAAGAAUAAAUAA